UCACCUUGCAGUUGGCCAACGAGAUCGCAUUGAUUUUUAGUUUAUUUGUGUGCUUGCCACUUGUUUUAUUAAAGUAUUAUACACGUAAGACGUUGACAAAAAUCUGUAGUGCAACCAACGCCUAGAAGAUGUUGCCUUAAUUAUCCCGAAAUCGAAAAACAAGUGGUUGCACUGUGUAAAUACUGAGUUUGAGGCGCACAAACUGCGGGAAGAUGGAUAACGGGUGCCUUUGUAGGUUACAAUCAGAAAUGGGUCGCAACAACAAUAAUAGUGGACAACAACACAAUACGAAUGGUGGGCGCCUGCUGCGAAAUGCAAUUAAAUCAUCGCCAGCAACAGCAACAACAAUGACAGAUUACCAAACUCUGCACACACGACUCGCUCAGGUGGGCCAGGAGCAUUUACUGAAAUUCUGGCCAGAGCUCACAACGGAUGAACGCUCCGCUCUGGAGCGGGAUAUAAACGAGCUCAAUUUGAACGAGAUUAAAAUGUAUUUUGAUCGCGCCACCAUUUCGAUGAACGAGAAUGGCAUCAAACUGGACGACCGCCUGCAGCCGAUACCCGAUGACCAAAUACUAUCGAUAGCCCGCACUAGCGAGGACAAAUUGAACUCGUAUCGUGAGGAAGGACUUCAACAGAUUAGCGAUGGGCGUGUCGCUGUGCUGCUUAUGGCAGGUGGACAAGGCACACGACUCGGCUUCGACCAGCCCAAGGGCAUGUACGAUGUUGGCCUCGAAUCGCACAACACGCUUUUCCGCAUUCAGGCCGAGCGCAUAUUGAAACUGGGCCAGUUGGCCGAGGAGUUGACCGGCAAGCGGGGACACAUUGUGUGGUACAUAAUGACAUCAGAGCACACCAAGCAACCGACUCUUGCAUACUUUGAGGCAAACAAUUACUUUGGCCUGCAGGAGGAGAACGUGCUGCUCUUUGAGCAGGGAUCGUUGCCAUGCUUCGACUACGAUGGACGCAUCAUACUUGACGAGAAGCAUCGCGUGUCCCGCUCUCCCGAUGGCAAUGGUGGCAUCUACCGGGCCAUGCAGGUCUCGGGAAUUCUCGAUGAUAUGCAGCAGCGAGGCAUUCGCUAUUUGCACGCACACAGCGUGGACAAUAUUCUGAUCAAGGUGGCUGAUCCCGUCUUCAUUGGCUACUGUGCUCAGGAGAAGGCCGACUGCGCGGCCAAAGUGGUGGAGAAGUCAGCGCCUAAUGAAGCUGUGGGCGUGGUGGCCAUUGUGGAUGGCAAGUACCAGGUUGUGGAGUACAGUGAGAUCUCUGCCAAGACCGCCGAGAUGCGCAACUCGGAUGGACGCUUAACUUUCAGUGCGGGCAACAUAUGCAAUCACUUCUUUACCGCCGAUUUUCUGCAGAAGAUUGGCAGCACCUAUGAGCGUGAACUGAAGCUGCAUGUGGCCAAGAAGAAGAUACCGUUUGUGGACAAUGCCGGCAAACGCUUGACGCCCGAUAAACCCAAUGGCAUCAAGAUCGAAAAGUUCGUCUUCGAUGUAUUUGAGUUUGCCGAGAAGUUUGUGGCCAUGGAAGUGCCACGUGAGGAGGAGUUCAGUGCGCUUAAGAAUGCCGAUGCCGCUGGCAAAGAUUGCCCCAGCACAGCGCGUGCCGAUCUGCAUCGGUUGCAUCGCAAAUAUAUUGAAAAUGCCGGUGGCAUUGUGCACGGUGACAUCUGUGAGAUUGCACCGUCUGUCAGCUAUGCUGGCGAGAAUCUCGCCCAUCUUGUCGAGGGCAAAUCGUUCAGCAGUCCCGUGUAUCUGCGUGAUUCCCUGCAAGGACAUCUCUAGACCCAUACAUAUAUAUAUGUACAUAUAGACUGAUGAAUGUGGAUAGUUUCAUUUGUGUAUACACAAUUUUGGUUCAAUUUCAAUACGAUACGAUUAUACUAUGUUUAAGAUAAAAGCACGAAAAUUCCAUAGUUUUCAGUACUUAAGCGCAACUUGUCUAUAACUCAGUUGCCCCAAUUAUGUUUUGUCUCGUUUAACUACUUAUUCUUUGUGCAAUCGUUAUGUGAAUAUAUACAUAUAUAUACAAUACCAUAUAAUAUAUGAAUAUUUUAAUAUG